UCAAACGUUUCUUGGACUUCAAUUGCUUUAAGAACCACUUCUACUUUGCAAUAGCAGAUAUCCUCUGCUAAUAAUGUUUAGAGCAAUGGGGAGAUGUUUUGAAACCAAAACUAAGACAGGGUAUGUCACCGGUUUGAAUUAAUGACUUUAUUGAAAUGCAUAUAUGAGUGAUUACCAGGCGUACGUGCGUAUAUUUUCCCGUUUGACUGUAACGAUGGAUCCACACUAUACAGCAAUUUAGGAGCGUUUUUAAGUUAGCCUAAAACAGAAGAAAAAUUAUGCCAACGUUAUUCACCACAAUUAGACGCACACUAAUUUGACGCAGUAAAUUUGCAAGAGCACACCAACAAAAUAUGUUUACUAAUGAAUCUAGCAAGCGAAAAACAAAAGGAGGUGUUAAUCCGGACCACGAAGUGUCUUGCUUGUCAGGGUGUAAGCGUUUUGUCCACACAAAAAGCGUGUUGUCGCAAGACAACUGGGUUCUCCGAACCAUUGCCUACGGCUGCCAAACUGAGCUACAUCGUCAAGAAAGUCAAUGACGAAGAAAAGCUAGGUCUGAGUGAAAGCGUCAAGAACGGAGAUAUUCGUCUCUGGAGUGUGGAUGUAUCAAAGCGAGUGGAACACACUGAUCGCCAAACAUGGAGUAAAAAGAUCGAUUUUCUUUUGUCUAUCAUUGGCUUCGCAGUGGAUUUGGGGAAUGUUUGGCGAUUUCCCUACAUCUGUUAUAAAAAUGGCGGCGGUGCGUUUUUAAUCCCGUAUCUCGUCAUGGCAUGUUUGGCAGGAAUACCACUAUUCUACAUGGAAUUAGCUCUGGGACAGUUUCAACGAACCGGAGCGAUCACCAUAUGGAAAAGAAUUUGUCCACUACUUAAAGGGAUCGGCUAUGCUAUUUGCGUGAUCAAUCUAUAUGUAUCUUUCUACUACAAUACAGUCAUCGCAUGGUCUUUGUAUUAUCUAUUUUAUUCAUUCACAACCAAGCUACCGUGGUCGACUUGUGGUAAUGUAUGGAACACUGCCGCAUGUUUAGACCCAUUGUUGCCAAAUAAUUCUUUCUAUAGUAAUUCUGCUUCACCUUCUCAGGAAUUUUUUGAACGCAGAGUUUUGGGGGCAGAUCGCUCGAGUGGCAUCGAUGACUUAGGAGGGGUGAAAUGUGAUCUAGCUUUGUGUCUUCUUGCAGUGUUUGUUAUCGUGUACUUCAGUAUCUGGAAAGGCAUCAAGGGAUCCGGAAAGGUUGUUUGGGUGACUGCAACGGUUCCAUACAUUUCGUUAUUUGUACUGCUUAUUCGUGGAGUGACUCUUGACGGUGCAAUUGAUGGUCUUGACUAUUACCUACGACCUCGAUGGGAUUCUUUAAUCAACGCUGAGGUAUGGGUGGAUGCUGCUUCUCAAGUGUUUUUCUCACUUGGUCCAGGGUUUGGUGUUUUGCUCGCACUAUCAAGUUAUAACCCGCCACAGAACAACUGUUAUGGCGAUGCAUUGUUGGCAAGUGCUGUUAACUGCUUUACCAGUUUCAUAUCGGGAUUUGUAAUAUUUUCUUUCUUGGGCUACAUGGCAUACAUGCAAGGUGUAGAUGUCAGAAACGUUGCUACUGAAGGGCCAGGCCUCGUUUUUAUCGUGUACCCUCAGGCGAUCGCUACAAUCACUGGCUCAACUAUAUGGUCAAUUUUAUUUUUUCUGAUGUUGAUUAACCUCGGUCUCGACAGCACAUUUGGUGGCUUGGAGUCUAUCAUCACAGCAUGGAGUGACGAAUAUCCUUUGACUGUCGGCAAAAAUCGGGAAAUAUUUGUGUUAGCUCUGGUCUCUUGUUCGUUUUUAGGUGCCCUUCCGACUGUAACUUACGGUGGACAAUACGUCAUACAACUUAUAGACGCGUACGGAGCCGCUUCCACACUACUUGCUAUUGUACUAUUAGAAGCCAUCGCCGUUGCGUGGAUUUAUGGCAGUCGUCGAUUUUCUGCUGACAUAAAGUCUAUGCUAGGCAGACCUCCUGGAGUUUAUUGGACAAUUUGUUGGUGCUUCUUGACUCCAACAGCUUUGAUGUUUAUAGUUGUGUUUGGCAUCAUUAACUACAAGCCUCUUAUAUUUGAUGGAUAUGUGUAUCCACCUUGGGCAAAUGGCGUAGGUUGGUUUAUGAUGCUAUCUUCUCUAAUCUGGAUUCCUUGCUUCAUGGUUUAUAAGCUGUUCUACACCGAUAGUUCACCGUUAUUAGAGCGCCUGGAGAGGUCUUUACAGCCAGAGGAGAUCCCAUAUCAUGCAGAUUCUGAAGCAACCAUCCCGGCUAUGGUGUGAGGAAAGCAACAAUAGUAGCAAACCAUUAUACUCUCCCCGUGACGAAAGAAAUACAAACAUUUGAUCAGUUUUUCUUUCAUAAGUAACUUUAAAACCUUGCAAGUAAUUACCUUGAUGUGCCGUACAUUCACUGUUUUGCUGUAACAAAAUAAUUAUUCAUGCAUGUAUACAUACGUUAAUGUAGUCAUGUCUUUAUAUAAUAUUUAACUCAAUUGGUAUACAUUUCAAAAACAUAACAGAAUAAUAAUAAUUAUUAUUAUUACUACUGAUAAUAUCCACCGUCCACCAACUGCACUGAUGAUUAAAACAACCAAAUAUUUGAAAAAAAAAAAUAUGUAUACAAAUAUUUGUAGUCUUGAAAGAAAUGUGUCUUUCUUAAAAGUUUGCACCGGAGACAAAACCGACCAUGGAGAGAGUUCCAUACACUGGAUGAAAAAUACUAUCAACCACUUUAAUAAGUAAUGAUAAUAAAAAAAUAAUAAUAAAA